UCUCUCAAUCACAGCUACUGGAUGUAAAACCACUGCUGGAACGCGCAGACGUCCGCGUUUCUAUUGGCUGUCCGCAGCGUCUCUCAGAGGAAUGACGAUUUUGCUGCUAUAACCAGCUGAUGCUGAGGCUAUGAACACGGAGCCUCUGAAGAACUGUUGACGGUACAUGGAUACCCCGUCGUCGGCGUUGCGCCUGCGGAUUCGGUCUCGUCUCCAUCCAGGGAUUGAGUGCGACUGUGUGGAGGUUUGGAUACAGACCUAAGCACGAGACAGACAACCUGGACAUGGAACAAAGGGAAUUUGGAGACAACUGAAACUACUUGAGUCAGAUCCAUAAAUACCAGUAAAACGACAUUUUACAAAAACACAAGAAAGCUGUAGAGUGAGGAAGAGAGAAGCAGAGGAGGUUUGUGAAGAUGGGUUGUGGUCAGACAACAUUUCUCCUGGACUCUACAGUUCACUCUGUCGGCCGCUGGUCAAAGCAGGAGUCCCCUCGCUAAAACCCAGAACUGCUUAAUUCACCUGCUGGAGGAGCCCCCACCCUCGGUGAUGUGAUGAAUAAGUUUGAAGUCCUUGGCAUUGUGGGAGAAGGAGCGUAUGGAGUGGUGCUUAAGUGCAGACAUAAGGAAACCAAUGAGCUGGUGGCCAUUAAGAAGUUCAAAGACAGUGAAGAAAAUGAGGAAGUCAAGGAGACGACGCUUCGGGAGCUGAAGAUGCUUCGGACACUGAAGCAGGACAACAUCGUUGAGCUGAAAGAGGCUUUUCGCAGGAGAGGAAAACUCUACCUUGUCUUUGAAUAUGUCGAGAGGAACAUGCUGGAGCUAUUAGAGGAACUGCCCAAUGGUGCACCGCCUGAUAAAGUCCGCAGCUACAUCUACCAGCUCAUCAAAGCCAUCAACUGGUGUCACACAAAUGAGAUUGUACACAGAGAUAUCAAGCCAGAGAACCUCCUCAUCAGCUCGGAGGAUGUUCUCAAACUCUGUGACUUUGGUUUUGCUCGUAACCUGUCUGAAGGGACAGAUGCCAAUUACACUGAGUAUGUGGCUACAAGGUGGUACCGCUCACCUGAGCUGCUGCUGGGGGCUCCCUAUGGAAAGGCCGUGGACAUGUGGUCGGUGGGGUGUAUCCUCGGGGAGCUGAGUGACGGACAACCCUUGUUUCCAGGGGAAAGUGAGAUAGAUCAGCUCUUCACCAUUCAAAAGGUUUUGGGGACACUUCCGGCAGAGCAGAUGAAACUUUUCUACAACAACCCUCGCUUUCAUGGAAUCAGGUUUCCCUCAGUUACUCAUCCUCAGACUUUGGAGAGAAGGUACCAAGGCAUCUUGAGUGGUUUGAUGUUGGAUCUGAUGAAGAACCUGUUGCUGCUAAACCCGACUGAGCGUUAUCUGACAGAGCAGAGUUUGAACCAUCCGGCCUUCCAGCCUCUGAGGCAGGCAGAGAGAGAGAGGCCUUCUCCAGCGUCUCCCAACCCACCGCGCUCCUCCAAGAGGAAAACACACCAUCACGGAGAGAACACAGUUCCCACAAGAAGUCACACUAAGAGCACGAGCCGCCGCUCCAACAGCAAAGAAUGUUCCAGCCUCCCUCGCCAUGGGGACCUCCAUCACCUCAGCAACAAGAGUUUCCUCAACGGUAACAAACCGUCCCCAACCAGUUUAAGUCCUACGCUCCACCCCAAGGCCCAGUACUUGUCCCAGACCCUCAAUCGUUCUGCCUCAUCCAACAAAGACCUGACUAACAACAACUUGCCACAUCUCCUCAGUCCCAAAGAUGCCAAAGGCAAGACAGAGUUUGAUUUCAGCUUGGGACCCUCCCCAAAGCUGCAGGACCAGGGACACGGGGCGAAGUACAGCCACAGCAAACCCAGCUCCUCUCGCUCUCAGCAGCAGCAGCAGCAGCAGCAGCAGCAGCAGCAGCAGGCAGGCCGCCACACCUUCCUGGAAGGCAAGACCAACACACUGCAGUCUGGAGCAGAGAAGCAACAUGGCCGACACACCCACAGUAUGGCCGACUCUGCCCACGGAUCCAUGUCCUCCUCUUCUAAGAGUUCAGCCUCUUAUCUCAGCCUGUCCAAGAGCCACAGUGGGCUGAGUGAUGCAAAAUCUGUAGGGAACCUCAGCGACGGUCGAAUCCAUCAAGAUGACCCUAACACAACAGCAGGGGUGGGACCCGGGACCCGGUUCUUCCCUGCCAGCUGUCUAGACCUCAACGCCCCUUCAGGUCCCCAGGGGCCGCCUGGCAGCCCCUCUACCCGACACAGUGAUCGUUCCGGGCAUAGCCCCGCCUCUCGUAGCAGCGGCAAUGUCCGCAUGGAGAGCAGCACACUGGACUCCUCAUCCAGACACAAAUCCAGACAUAAAACCUUAGCACCAGAGGACGCCGGUGCUCCGGAGCUCUUGGACCCGGGCGGAGCAGGGAUGCCCUCCACUCACACUCUGCCUUCCCCACAUGAGUCUUAUCAUUACGGUCUGGGCUACACCUCACCCUUCUCAUCUCAACAACGGCCUCAACGCCACUCUAUGUACGUGAGGAGAGAGCGCCACCGACCACACGGUAUUGAGGGUGGCAUGGCGGGCUUACCUCCACCAGGGCAGGCAAUACCGACACGUGCAAGUAGCCUACAGCUCCUCUCCCCCCAACUGCAGCACCGGACCACCCUCACUGGACACUCAGUGAGCUCUUCGAGAGAGGACUGCACUGAGGACAUGACGAGGAGCGAACAGUCCCCUAAUGACAUGAGCCACCCUUGUGUCCCCAUCAAAGACUCUACGAGGGACAACACUGCUGCUUUUCAUACACAGCGCUCAAAAAACGAGGUCGGCAUGUACCAUGACCCUCAUGGCGAGGAUGGAGGUUCCUCCAAGGAGAACCGGAUGAUCUUCACUGAGUCCAUGCCUCGGAGAGUAGGCAGCUUCUACCGAGUCCCUUCCCCGAGACCAGACAACUCCUCCUCGUUCCAUGACGGUGUUGGGCAGGGUCGAGGGCCUGUCAUACCUGUAGUGUCCGGAGACCCUGUUGCCAUGGUCAACCACUCCAAACGCCAGACGGCUUUUGAUUGGAACGCUGCAGAAGCAAUGGUCAUGAAUCCUCCAGAGCCUGCCAAAGAGAAGGAAAAACAAGGCUUCUUCAGAGCCAUUAAAAAGAAAAAAAAGAAGACACAAAUAACGGACAUGGAGGACGGGAGGAACCCCAGCAUCAAGAAAAGUCUUUUCCCCCUCUUUAGCUCUAAGAAUAGCUUAAAGCACAACUCAGCUGUCAAAGUCCUACCUGUAGUCGCCUCGCCUAUGGUACAACACCAGCCUCCCGCGCCCUACCCUGCCUCACCAGUUCCUGGUAACGGACAAGAACACCUGUCCCUGCAGAGAAGCUCCAAGUCAUCCUCUCACCAUGGAAGCAGGAGGAAAAACCGCGAGCGAUCCCGAGACCGAGACCGGGACCGGGAACAGAGCCGGGACCGAGACAGAGAGAGAGAGAGAGAACGGGAGAGAGAGAGAGAAAGGGAGAGAGAGAGGGAAAGAGGGAGGGAGAGAGAGAGAGUGAAUGACUGGCCUUCAGACAAACCAGUGGACUCACACUCUCAGAGUCAACCCCUCAAGUCACUCCGCAGGCUCCUUCACCUCUCCCCUUCUUCCUCAAAUCAAGGACAGCCUCCUCCUCCUCCUCCAGACCUGCGCUUCCAAGCCCCACUCCCCAACCCGCCCCAGCCCUCCUCCAAAGCAGGCUACUCCGAGGGUCGAGGGCACGGCGAAAGCAGGGGGCACCCCGGGGUGAACAGCUCCGCCCAGGCUAAGAGCCGCAAAGCCAGCUACCCCCUCCCCGGACAGAUUGAGUCCAGCUGGCACGUGUCCGCUUUACAGCGGGCGGAGGGCGCUCAGUUCACCCCCGAGCAGUUGGGCAUCAAACCGGGGCAGAACGGACCCACCUUCACCCGAGCCUCCCGCACCAGGAUGCCAAACCUCAACGACCUGAAGGAGACCGCGCUGUAAACCCCCCCUCCCCUCAAACCACACCACCUCCAAUAUGACUCCAUCCUGGAAGCAUCUGCCAGACGCAGACAUCAUGGUACUGUAGUAGAAGUUUACAUGAAAGCCUAUUUCAGUGGAUCGAGUCCUCAUUCAGAAACGUAGUAAUUUGUUGGUGAUCAUGUCUCUGAAAUGUAUAAAGACUAGACGUUGAAAGGCUUACACAAACACCAGUAAUAGUGUUGUUUGGGGAAUCAAAGACAGGAAAAGUGCCCUCUCCCUCUCGGUACUGUAUCAGUUGUAUGUUAGUCUCUCUCUACUUAAAGGUUGACAAGGAACAUCAGAACAAGCUGAUCUUUCCUGUCAAGGAGACACUGCCCAUGAGGCCUCUUUGCUGCCAUCUUCUGCUCACAGGACACUACAGCAAAGCAACACAUGAGACAGCCGCUGUCACACCGGUGGCCAAUAAACUCAAAUGUUUUUCAAGCUCGGAUAUUUGAUAAGAACAAAAAAAGAAGAAGAUUUAUAUCAACAUUAUUUAUUAAAUAUUUAUUUGUUUUAAAUUCAAGGAUAUAAGCUAUAAAUGACACAGUAUGUAGGCUUUAUGGGAAUAUUAUAAGGUAAUAUAGAAUUAAUGUGUAAUUGCAAGAGCUUUGGUUCUGACACAAAGAAAUGCAUAGAUCUUUAUGUGUUGAUAAUACGAUAUGUCAAAAGGAAUAUUUAAUAAUGAUGAAUGUCCUUUUUUGUUCAAUUUGAUAUGUUAUUAACAGAUUUUCACGUUAUGUUAUUUUUACCUUUCUUCGGGGUUUUUUUCAUCAAAAUGUAAAAAAAAUAAUAUUGAUGAAUACUUUUGGCCAAAGUGGACAACAGAAAUCUUGGAAAUUACCUACAAAUCUGCACAUCACCCUCAUGACAUCAGUUUUGAAGUUUUGUGACAAGUUGGCUAUUUGUCAACAGGGUUUGGUACCAGAACAGCCAGAGUGAGACUUUUAGGCUCUGUGUUUAACAUACAGUAAUUAUCAUUUCACUUUAUGUCCCACUCUUAGUGUCCCCAUUUUUAAAUAAGCCCCACUUUCA